UCUUUUGAUGCCAGUUUUAUUUAUUCAGCCCAUAUUCACAGUAUACAUAUGUAAGUAGAUCCCAACUGGUUCAAGUGUGCCGCCACAUACAAAUUUCCCAACCUGAGACCGCAAAUGGAGUAGCCUGAGCCCGCAUCACGGUCGAGAUUGGGUAUGGCCACAGUUAGCAAGAGUGGGAGACUCCGACUCCGACUCCGACUCCGACUGAGCAUGCUACGUGUUGCAUGUUUCAUAGUCGCUCGUGCCAGGCCGCCUGGUCAGCUGCAGCGGCAUUGAUUGACACCUUUUAACUACCGUGACGCAAUGAGAAGAAACAGCCACAAAGCCACAACAGCAACAGAAGCAUUUCUCGAUGUUCAUUUAUUCGGUUUGGCAGCCAAGUGACAUAUUUCCACAGGCUUGCCGGCUUACCGGCUUGCCGGCUUGCUCCUCAAACGCGGCCACCCACCCAGAUCCCGAUUCGCGCCGCAAGAGAGAAAUCAAAUUUUCCUGAAAAUUGAAUUUCCUUUCGUGGCUCACUGAUUAUCUAUAAUUAUAAUUGUCAGUCGCAAGCACAGGCACGGGCAGAGAAAAAAAGGAAAAUUGCUCAACCAUACUUAUGCAAUGGUGACCUGAGUUGGAUCGGAUUGGCUGGGAUUGGCUGGGAUUGGAUUGGAGUAACGCCGGUGGACCACGCCCAGAGCUGAGAGCCCUCCUGCUGUGUGCUAUGAGUCUUGGCUUUGCACGUCGCCUAUUUAGUUAGCAUAAUUUGCUCUAUAAUUGUCACUGAUACUACCUGAAGAAUGUAACCCGUUCCCGAUCCCGAUCCCGAUCUCGUUCCCGUUCCCGUUCCCGGCUUAACUGGUUACGAUACCAACUCAGUGCUCAGUGCACUGUCAACACUAUUUCGCCCGAAGCCGAUUGGCAUAUGAAAUGCGGGUAAUUUCCAAUUACGAAAGCCAGCUACACCCACCAUGGAGGCGAGACGCCCCCUGCAUCAAGAUCGACUAAUUACGAUCGGUCCGAUCGCCCCAUAGAACCAUGUCGUAUCAUGUCGUAUGCCACACAACAGUCCCGAUAAGAUAUACAUAAGCAGGAAGCCAAUGCAGUGUGAAAGGGGAUGAAAGGCCAAACACUUACCAGCGGAAUGCUUACCAAUCUACUGAUCGUACUGGGAAAUGGUAUUGGUUGGGAUAUACAUAUACCAUUGCGAUCAGCGGUCGCAGCAGCAACCAAAGGUACGGUUCAUACUCGAAACAGCACCGAUAUUGAGCUGGAAAUUCGCCCGGCUCUUUGGCGGCAACUACGAGUGUACUCGUACUCGCAUAUGCAAACCGAGUCUCCGAGUCAGAGCCACGAACGAUCGACUGGGGAAACCGCACUGGGGAAACCGCACUGGGGAAACCGCACUGGGGAAACCGUACUGGGGCGCCGCAUAUCCAAGCAUCAGCAGUUGCUAGACGCCUGCUGUAGUGGGGCACUGCAGCGAAGUUCGCCCCCACAGUGACGCCCCCUGGUGCAAUGUUUCCGUCGUCACCGUCACCGACACUCGUAGAGCAGGAGGGGAUGUACAUAUAUUGUGUUUGAUGGAUGCAUGUCGAAGGAAUGCAUUCUAUUUACAAUAUAUCACACAAAAGUCAGGCUAUCGGACUAUUACUAAAACUAAAAUAAAGCAACAGAAACCGAAACCGAAACCGAAACCUAUUGGAAAUUC